UGUGUGUGUGUGUGUGUGUGUGUGUGUGUGUUUGAGCAUCAAAAAGUUAUCAGUGCUGCUGUAAUUAAUGACAUUCGUGUGAAUAUUUGUUAUCCUGACAGACGUUAUGAAUAAAACCUGCAGAAAAGAAGAAAAAUAUCAGAGAUAUAAGAGUCCGAUGCUGGAUGGUGUUCUGGUGCAUUUGUCGCCUGUUAGCCGGAAAAUGACGGCGAGCGACGCUGGUCAAGAAGCCGACCGGUGAGGUGGAAUCAAACCCCGGGCAUUGGCGUGAUGUUGGCGUGUCGCUCCCUGCUGCUCACCUGGGUGCUGCUCGCCGCCGGAGCCCGAAGCCAGAGCUGGAGACCCUGUACAGAUCUGCUGCCUCUUGACCUGCUGUCCAGAGCCCUGCCACGCCCAGGACAAGCCCCGCCCCCACAGGUGCAGAUGGUUCAGUCCAAAGGGUCCAGAGGUCUCCGAGUGGCCGGCGCGGAGGCAACAGUGCUGAGUUUCCCCGCCUCCCAAAUCUUCAGCAACUGCGACUACUUCCCUGCUGAGUUCUCAUUGGUCGCCACCAUGAAGAUACCGAGACUGAGACAGAAGAGGAACGAGUACAUCUUCUCCGUGGUGGAGGAGGGAUCUGAUUCGCUGUUGCUCGGGCUGCGAGUCUCAGAGAACUGCCUUCACUUCCUCUUCAUGCCCCCCGGUGUCAGAGGGCGGCGCCGGCAGAGCUUUAAGGGCGUUGGACUGGACGAUAACCGCUGGCACACAUUGGUGCUGGCGGUCAGCGGACUGUACGCCACGCUGACCGUCGACUGUGGACUGCCUCUGGAGCUUAAACAGGCCCAGUCCUUCCCCAGCGCUCUGAGCACCAGAGGGUCCAGGUUCUUCAUCGGUAGCCGGAGGAGGAUGAGGGGACGCUUCUCUGGUUUAUUGCGUCAGCUGGUUCUACUUCCUGGUUCAGACGCUACGUCCAGACUGUGUCCGACCUCUGACCCAAGCCUGGCCGAGCUGUCCGUCCCCCAGGUCCUCAGGUCCACGCCUCUUCAGCCCGACCACCGUGGACCGCUUUACCCGUACGAGGCGGAGGCCAGAGUGACUUUGGGGAACCCUCCUCCGUGCUCCGGACCAGAGCAGGGCCAGCUGUGGUUUAACGCUCAGAGGAAAGGUCUGUUCAUCUGUGACGGACUCACAUGGACCACUCUGCUGCACAAUCCGGAGCGUUUGGACUACGUGGAGGACUACCAGGAUCUGUACACCAGCUCCGAAACCUUCGAUGUCGAAAUCUUCUCCGUCCCGUCUGAGGGCCUGUUCAUGGCCGCAGCCAACAGGGACUCACGGCCUGGCUCGGGUAUCUACAGAUGGAGGAACGGGUCGUUCCAGCUUUACCAGAACAUCAGCACUCAGGAGGCCCGAGCCUGGAAACACUUCACCAUCGCCGGCAAGAUUUUCCUGGUGGUGGCGAACUCCAGGGAGGCAGAGCCUGAGCUGUCCGUGAUCUACCGUUGGAAUCAGCGGCGACAGCGUUUCCUCCGCCACCAGACUCUGGAGACGCACGCUGCUCUGGACUGGGAGGCCUUUCAAAUGCACAACCACAGCUUUCUGGUCGUGGCCAAUCACAGACGAGCCAGAGACUCCAACCACAACAUCCUCAGUGUUAUCUACAGAUGGAACCCCGACACACAGCUGUUCGAGGUGAACCAGACCGUGGCCACGUCCGGGGCGUAUGACUGGGAGUUCUUCUCCGUGGGACCGUACCACUUCCUGGCGGUCGCCAACACCUUUGAUGGCCAGACCACCUCCAUCAGCUCCACUGUCUACGUCUGGCUGGAUGGAUGCUUCCAGGUCUUCCAGAGCAUCCCGACAGUGGGAGCGACUGACUGGGAGACGUUCCAGAUCCACGGCCGGGUGUUCCUGGCCGUGGCCAACAGUCAGAAGGUUUCUCAGCGCGGGCCAAGUCUCUACAGCAUCAACUCCACCGUGUACGAACUCAACACGCUCACACAGACCUUCAUACGCUUCCAGGACAUCCUCACACACAGUGCGGUGGACUGGGAGUUCUUCACCGUGGGAGAGGAGAAGUUUUUGGUCGUGGCCAACUCUCACGACGGCAGCUCGUACUCUCUGAACAGCGUCGUCUACAGGUGGCAGGGUUACGAGGGCUUCGUUGCGGUCCACAGUCUGCCGACGUUUGGCUGCAGAGACUGGGAACACUUCAGCACCGACCAAGGCUCCUUCCUCGUCUACUCCAGCGCCACUUCAAGGCUCAGCAAGGUCUUCAAACUCAGGACUUACUGAAUCAGACUCCGUCCUCUGCUACACAUGGACGCCAGACUCUGCCAGGGACUCCUCAAACCUCAAAACAACUUCUUAUAAUCUACCAACUUCAUCACAGCAACAUUCACGUCCACGUUGUCAGAGUUUAACACUGAGAUGCUUCAGAUAUUCUGUUCGUUGACGAAGUUUCAAGAGUCGAAUCCUGCUGAGAAACUGUUGGAGCUGCGUCCUCUUCAGGGACACUAAA